CUUUCCCCUCGCUUACAUCGUCGGCGACAUCAUCAAUUCUCUUUCUGUGCCUCAGCGACGCCAAGCUGCUGCCACGAUGAAUCCGCAGAUGCAAAAUUACCGGCAAUAUGCCCAGGCGCAGGCCAGAGCGCCAGCAACUCGAAGACCUGUUACCUACCAGGGUGCACCAGCACCAAACCUCCACCAGAACGCCCAGCACGCGGCACAACAAGCCCAGCAGCAGCUGGCCGAUCAGCAGGCGAGGCAACGAGCUAUUGCGCUUGACCACCAGAGAGCUCAACGCAUUGCACGAAAGCCUACCGACCUCGACCUCCCUGACGGCCUCGAAGAAAUUUGCAUCGGCGACGGUGUGAAGCAGUACAAUGCCUUGCGAGAUGCUGAGAAGCGAUUGGAUGCUCUCAUGACACGAAAGAGAUUGGAAUACCUUGACAGUGCGAGUAGGAAUAACAAGCACUUCAAGACCAUGCGCAUCUGGAUCUCCAACACCGUCGAGAAUCAGUAUUGGCAACAGAAAUUCGAAGGAGACACGUUUUCGUUGGAAGAUAUCAAGCCCCCCACCUACAAAGUCAGAAUCCGAGGCCGCUUGAUGGAAUACAAGGAGGACCAGAUUGACUACAGCAGCGACGAAGAAUCCGAGGAUGAAAAUGAGGCGCUCAUGCCACAGGAGCUGAAGGAGCCAAAGAAGAAGACCCUCAUUGAACCAUCCCGAAACAUGAGCCACUUCUGGAAAGACAUGUAUGUCGAAUACGAAGGCGUCAAUCACGAUUACACAACAGACCCGAAUGUCACCGUCAAGUGGAAGAAAGGUCAAAAUGGUGGCGGUGAUCUGGACACCUUCUACUUCGAGCGCAAGGGCGAUGACAACCAAAAUAUCACCAUCUGUCUCACUCGCGACGAACAACCUGAACGAUUCCGCUUGAGCAAAGCUCUGGCUGAUGCCUUGGACAUGGAAGAAGCCGAUCGCGCUGAAGUCGUCAUGGGCCUUUGGGAAUAUGUCAAGUUCUUCAAUCUCCAAGAAGACGACGAACGUCGAACCAUUCGAUGUGACGACAGUCUUCGUCAAAUCUUCGGCACCGACACCAUCUUCUUUCCACAAGUGCCUGAGCGAAUCAUUCCUCAUCUUCACCCAUUGCCACCGAUCCGCUUGCCAUACACAAUCCAUGUCGACGAGGAGUUCCACAAGAACCCUCAGAAAACUAUCUAUGACGUCCAAGUCAUGGUUGAAGAUCCUCUGCGCGCCUUGAUGCUUAAGAUGACCAAUAGCCCCGAAAAUCAAGCACGUAACCGAGAGAUCGCGAAAAUCAACGACGAGAUUGCUGUUCUCAUGCAAGCUAUCCGCCACUCUAAGGCCAGAUGGCAGUUCUUCACCGCAUUCGCCAAGGAUCCGAUCGAAAUGACUAAAAAGUGGAUCGCUUCGCAGAAGAAAGAUUUGAGUAUCAUUCUCGGCGAGCCCGAAAGAGGCGAUGUCGCUGGUAUGGAGUUUAUGGAUGAGGUCUGGCAAACUGAUCUGAUCCGAGAAGCCGUACGCUACAAGCUUGCGAAAACCGACGUCGCUAGUGGUGCUCGACAAGGUUGAUCAUCUUCAGCAUCUUCUUGCUACUGGUUCUUGAACUAGUCUUCUUGGUGUGCAUGUGGAAGCACUUUCUACUUGGUGUGGAAUCGGAAUGACUUCUCUCUUCUUUGGCAAGAGAUGAAGAAGAAUCAUAGCAUGGCGUUUGUUGUGGAGUGUACAAAAUGGCACAGGAUGUGUCUCAAUAUGCUGGGGGCUUGGACAGCUAGGCAUGCCGUGGUCAUGGUGUUUCUUGGAGGGAGGCGGGAUGAAACACCAUCCAGACUUUUGUAUGAUUAUGAAAAGUGCCCUAGAUACCCCAGUACCAAUUGCUUGAACAAAAUUCUAAUAUGAAA